UUAUUAAAAUGAAAACAAAUCAUCAUCUUCUUUAAUCUCCUUCUUUUUCGUCGUCUGAAAGUAUUAUUUACAGAUAGAAGGAAGAAGAAGAAAGCUUGAGAAACGUCAUCUUAUUCAACCAUGUCUUACGACUAUCUUUUCAAGUACAUUAUCAUCGGUGAUACUGGCGUGGGAAAAUCAUGUUUGCUCUUGCAGUUUACAGAUAAAAGAUUCCAACCGGUUCAUGAUCUAACCAUCGGUGUUGAAUUCGGUGCUCGGAUGGUCACCGUUGAUGGCAGACCCAUCAAACUUCAAAUUUGGGAUACUGCUGGACAAGAAUCCUUCAGAUCCAUCACCAGAUCUUACUACAGAGGAGCAGCAGGAGCUCUUCUUGUCUAUGAUAUAACCAGGAGAGAGACAUUUAAUCAUCUAGCUAGCUGGUUGGAGGAUGCUCGACAGCAUGCGAAUCCGAACAUGGCGGUCACGGUCAUCGGAAACAAAUGUGAUCUUUCUCAACGGAGGGCUGUUAGCAAAGAAGAGGGUGAACAGUUUGCAAAGGAUUAUGGACUGUCAUUCUUGGAAACUUCUGCAAGGACAUCUCAAAAUGCUGAAGAGGCAUUCAUAAUGACUGCUGCAAAGAUCCUUCAGAACAUUCAGGAAGGAAUCUUUGAUCCAUCCAAUGAGUCAUGCGGCAUCAAGAUCGGCUACGGACGUGGACAAGGUACAUUGGGUACAAGUGGAACCGUUGGUCAGACAGGCGGCUGUUGCGGUUAGCAGGCUAAAAGAAUUUAUGUGCCUGUAUUUGAUCCUUCAAUUCAUUACCACAUCACAUUGCUUUGAUUCAUAUAUUCUUAAUGGUGUUCUUGAACUAUAGCAAGCACACUGAAUGUACAAAACUGUCUUCUUUUUUUCUUUGUACCGAACUCGAAUCGAAAUAUUCAUAUUUGCCUAAUUUUUAAUUCGAGUUAUUUGCAUAUUAA